AUGCAGCCUUUGUCACUGUCUUUCACAAACGGUCAAGAACCGCAGAGUCCCAACGGCGUGUAUCAAACACGCCCCACCGCACGCGACAUGCAAAUGGACAAUAAUCUCUGCAGACAUAGUCUCUCAUUUAUAUCCAACUUAAACACCCAAAACAAAGUGUGCAAGCGCGCAAAACCAAGGAUAGGUCUCUACGCCUCACAAAUUACUACAUGUGCCGGUAUAGUUGGCAAGCGAGUGAAGAAGAAAUACCUUAAAGAACGUGAGCGCUGUGAGAUUGUACGCCGUGUACGUGGAGGUGAAAAACAGGCUCAUCUUGCCAAAGAGUUUGGUGUGUCUCGUGCUGCUGUGUGCUAUUUGCUCAAGCAUCAGAUGGAGAUUAUGCAGCGUUCCUCGCAGUUAAAAAUUUAG